ACGCUCGCCAUCCUUGUUUCACGGUCGCCUUGACGACGAGGCUGCCCGCAACGGCGGCGCGGGCUGGUCGUUGAGGCUGCCUGGUGGUGUGUCCGGCCCCCGGACCUCGCCCUGCGGUGACCCAGCUCCAUCCACCUGAACACGGGCUAUGAGAAGAUGGUGGGGCAGACGAGGAGUAAGCUCAGGGAUGCGAGCCCCGACGGGCCACAGUCCUCCCGCACGGGGCAAGCGAGGAGGAGGCGGAGCGCAGGGACAGUGGAGCCCCAGCAGGAGCGCAGCGCGCCUCAGGAGAGGACGAAGUGGUCCUUGCUGCAGCAUUUCCUCCUAGGGGGCAGGAAACUGCCCUCGGGCGCCCGCAACUACGCGGCGCGGAGGAUCCGAAAUCUGAACGCACAGAAUUACUUUCCCCUGGAAGAGGUCACCAAGAUCCUUCUUCACGACCGCUUCCAAUUCCUCCACACUCUCCUGGAUCACUUUCGCGAAAAGGUGCAGGCCCUGCAGAUCCAUCGCUUCUCCCACAGGACCCUCUUUGGCGUAGCUGCCUUUGUGGGGAUUUUGCACUGGUUACACUUAAUAACACUUUUUGAAAACGACCGCCAUUUUUCUCACCUCUCAUCCUUGGAACGGGAGAUGACUUUUCGCACGGAAAUGGGACUUUAUUAUUCCUACUUCAAGACCAUCAUCGAAGCACCUUCGUUUCUAGAAGGAUUGUGGAUGAUCAUGAAUGACAGGCUAACUGAGUAUCCCCUGGUAAUCAACACAGUGAAACGUUUCCAUCUCUACCCAGAGGUGAUCAUAGCCUUUUGGUUCCGCACAGUCAUAGGGAUAUUGAAUUUAUUUGGGAUAGAAAGUAAGACCUGCUGGAACGUCACCAGAAUGGAGCCUCUUAAUGAAGUUCAGAGCUGUGAAGGAUUGGGAGACCCAGCUUGCUUUUACAUUGGAGUAAUUUUUAUUUUAAAUGGGCUAAUGAUGGGCUUGUUCUUCAUCUACGGUACAUACCUGAGCGGGAGUCAGUUAGGAGGUCUGAUUACAGUAGCCUGUUACUUUUUCAACCAUGGAGAGGCCACCCGCGUGAUGUGGACACCGCCUCUCCGGGAAAGUUUCUCCUAUCCAUUCCUUGUACUUCAGAUGUAUGUUUUGACAACUAUCCUCAGGGCCUCCACCAUCCACAAAAAACACUACAUAGCGCUCUGCUUCUCCAAUGUCGCUUUCCUGCUUCCUUGGCAGUUCGCUCAGUUUAUACUUUUUACCCAGAUAGCCUCGUUAUUUCCCAUGUAUGUUGUGGGGUACAUUGAGCCAAGCAAAUUUCAGAAGAUCAUUUAUAUCAACAUGGGUUCGGUAGCCCUGUGCUUCAUUUUGAUGUUUGGGAACCCAAUGUACUUAAGUUCUUAUUAUUCCUCGUGUUUGAUAGUGUCAUGGGCAAUACUGCAAAAGAAAAACAAAAUCCAAAAAUUGGUAGCUUCUGAACUCCAGUUUUGGCUAGCCCAAGGCUGUGCUUGGUGGUGUGGAACAAUUAUUUUGAAAUUUGGGACAUCUAAAAUCUGUGGUGUUUCAGACCAUAUUCGCCUGAGUGACCUUAUAGCAGCCAGAAUCCUAAGGUACACAGAUUUUGAUACCUUAAUAUACACCUGUGCUCCUGAAUUUGACUUCAUGGAACGAGCGACUCCACUGAGAUACACAAAAACAUUAUUGCUUCCACUUGUCCUAGUGAUUACUUAUCUUAUCUUUAAAAUGAUUGUUCGUGAUAUCUUAUGUGUCUUGUAUACAAACACUUAUCAGAGAAUUUUAACACGGAAUGAAAGUCUGAAGUUCAAGUUUUAUCAAGACUUGAGAAAACAGCUCCUGGACAACGGUGAGUUGAUUUUCCACGCCUUGCAGUUGCUGGCAUUCAUGGGUCUUGCCAUCUUAAUCAUGCGGUUGAAGCUGUUUCUGACACCUCACAUGUGCCUUAUGGCUUCCUUGAUCUGCUCCCGAAGGCUCUUUGGCUGGCUUUUUUGCAGAAUUCAUUUUGAGAAUGUUGUCUUCGGCAUUCUGACAAUGAUGUCAAUACAAGGUUGUGCGAACCUCCACAACCAGUGGAGCAUAAUGGGAGAGUUCACUAACUUGCCUCAGGAAGAGCUCAUACACUGGAUCCGGCACAACACCAGGCCAGACGCUGUCUUUGCAGGCGCCAUGCCGACAAUGGCAAGCAUCAAGCUGUCUACACUGCAUCCGAUUGUGAACCACCCACACUAUGAGGAUGCAGACUUGAGGGCUCGAACAAAAAUAGUUUAUUCUGCAUAUAGUCGAAAACCUGCAGUAGAAGUGAGAAAUAAACUGUUGGAAUUACACGUGAAUUAUUAUGUUCUAGAAGAGGCAUGGUGUGUGGUGAGAACAAAACCUGGUUGCAGUAUGCUUGAAAUCUGGGACGUGGAAGACCCGUCCAACGCGGCUAACCCUCCGCUCUGUAGCAUCCUGCUCAAGGAUUCCCGGCCAUACUUCACCACAGUGUUUCAGAAUAGCAUGUACAGGGUACUGAAGAUCAACUGACAUCAAGGAGCCCCGACAGUCUGCAGUGCGAAGGCGUAUGUCCAAAACGGACACUUCCAGCCUCAUUUACAACAAUAAGAACCACAAACUUUACUAAGAGACACUUUAGAGCCAUAAACAAUUACUUAAAUUUCUCUGGUUACUACUAAUGAUAAAUUACUGCAUUGUUUACAUUAAAUGCCAGUCUGUCAGGCUUACCUCAUAAAUGAUUAAGUCAUCUUCUAUCUCAUUAACAUAUGUUCAUUUUAGAGUUCCAAGGGAACAUGUAUAGAAAAUAUCAAUAUAAUUUUAGAAAUCAAAGUAAUUCCCUUUCAGUCCAGCUAGGAGAGUUGCUUCAGGUUUCCCUCGUACCUAUGGGUCAGCCCAGACCCUCUGAGCCAUGGAGAAGAGCACAGGCUCUGAGAAACCUAAUGGUGGUUGUAGCCUCACUUAUUUUUAGUUUAUGAUGAAGAUGGGAUUGCUUUAUAAAUUUUAUUUCCCAAUAAAAAGCUACCUAUCAAAAAUGCUUUGAAAAUCGGUAAAUUACCUUGAAGACAAAGUGGGGCCAUCAAAGAGUAAAAUUGUCUAUUUUUUUUUAAGAUGAACCUUAAACAUGCUAGAUGUUUGCAUAUGCAUCUGCUCCGAGUUAAGCACCGUGGAGUUUUUAUACUUAUAUUUUCCUUGUACUUUUUGGUCAGCCAUAAAAGAUGAUUCAAUUCCAUAGGUUAUAUACAUAUAAUUACUUACAGUAGGUGAGCAAUUAUAUUCUAACUAUAGUUGGAAAACAUUUUAAUGCUGAACACAAAAUAGCUAAUAAAGAACGCUGUAUUUUAACAUUUGCAAGUCAUUUCUUUUCUGUGUGGAGCAAAGACAGGAACAGAUAUAACAGUCAUUAAAAAAGUAACAUGCUUUGGACAGUGUCACCAGAGGGAUAUUUUAAAGUAAUUAUCAGAAGUCAACAGAAGUGAUGUUAACCCAUAAAAUGCUCCAUGCACAUAAUUCUGUCCCAUGAACUUUUGUUAUCUUCAUGUACAAUGCCUAUUAAAUCAUUUUAAAUGUC